AUGUAUUCGAAUUCCCUUCCUUUUAAUCAAACUACAGUAGAAAUCACAAAUUCAAAUCGAUGUCCUCAUAUAAAUGAAUUCUUCGAUCAAGAUUUCCCAUCUUUACCUUAUCUUCGUCGAGUAAAAUUUUACCAGCGUCCAUGUAUAAACUAUAUCUCGUGUUUUUACGACGAUACUCAAGUUUGUCUAUGCAAUAAAUUUAAUCGAACUGAUUGUAUUGCAUUUAUUACUACAAAUAAUACUGCACGAUGUACAAAUCAAGAUAAUCCAUGUGAGAAUAAUGGAGAAUGUAUACAAGAUAGAGAACGAUGUCCAACUGCAAGUAUAUGUUUAUGUCCACAAUGUACCUUUGGAAGUUUAUGUCAAUUUAAUAUAAAAGGAUAUAUAUUUUCAUUAAAUACUAUUCUUGGACCAUAUAUUAAACCAAAUGCCUCGUUGAUUGAACAAUUACAAAUCAUUCAUAUUGGUUUCGUCGUCUGUUGUGUUAUUUUUAUGUGUGGAAUUAUAGAUGGAUUAUGUUCUACUGUUACAUUUUGUCAGUUAAUUAUUCGACAAACAGGAAGGGGUAUUUAUUUAUUGAUUUCAUCUUUAUUAUCAAUUUUAACGAUAAUUAUUUGUUUUAUUCAAAUUUUAUUACUAAUUUUUGAGCAAAUUAAUCUAUCAAGUUGUAUAAUAAUUGAAUAUCUAUUAAAAUGUUUGCCGAUUACCUGUGAUUGGUUACAUGCAUGUUUAUCAAUCGAAAAUGUUUUGAUUGUUCAACGGGGAGUGAAAUUUCAGCAAAAGACCAGUUACAAAUUGGCGAAAUUCGCAAUCGGAUUAGUUUUUCUUUGUACGAUCUGCAUGUCAGUACAUGAUCCAUUACAUCGACGUUUAUUGUACGAUGAGGUUGAACGAAGAACAUGGUGUGUUGUCUCAUAUUCGUCAACAUUUCUUCAAACAUACGAUUCGACAAUUAAUUUGAUUAAUUUUAUCACACCAUUUAUUAUCAAUGGUAUAUAUCGGCAAUGA